AUGGUCAAGCUUACUUUCAUCGCGGCAUUUGCCGCUCUCGCCACGGCCAAAAUCGCCCCCAGUAUCCACCGCCACUUGGAAUCCAAUGAGGACGUGGACGUUGUGAUUGAAUUCAAAGGAGGCAACCAGCCCGCCCUGGAAACCGCCCGUCUUCAGCGGGCUAGCUUUAAGGAUCGCGGCUCCGGCAUCGCCCAUGUGCGCUCCCUCUUGGAGGGCAACAUGAAGACGUCCCAGCGCGCGGCGGUGGAGUUGCUGUCAUUGCAGCCCAGAUCCUUCACGACCCGCGUCGAGAGCUUCUACAUAAACGGCAACAUGCACGUGUACGGCGCCAACCGCCUCGUGUUGGACGAACUCGCCACGUUGGACAACGUGGCUCGUAUUCGACAACCUGUCACGGCGCAAAUAAGUCCUGUCAGCUUCGACGACGACGACACUGAUGUGGGGAUUCCUCAAGGAUGGGCUGACGACAACGCAACCUCCACGCGUGCCGCAAACGAAUGGGGUGUCAACCUCAUCAGCGCCCCAGCGGUGUGGGCUAAUGGCAACCGUGGCGAAGGUGUCGUGGUUGGUAUUAUAGACACUGGCGCCAUCCACACCCACGACGACUUGAAGGGCAACUGGCGAUCGACCUACGGCUGGUUUGACCCCACCGACAAGACCCCCACCCCCAUCGACAGGAACGGCCACGGCACCCACGUCGCGGGUUCAGCUGUUGGCCAAAACGGCAUCGGCGUAGCCCCCGGAGCCACGUGGAUUGCUUGCCGCGGGUGCACCACCUCCAAAUGCCCUGAAGCGGCGCUCCUUAAAUGUGCGCAAUGGAUGCUGUGCCCCACUGACGUGACGGGCAAAAACCCCAAGUGCGAAUUGGCGCCUGACGUGAUUAACAACAGCUGGGGAUAUGGUGCGAGUUCCAGCACUUACCAAGCCGUCGUGGACGCGUGGCGCGCUGCUGACAUCAUUCCCGUGUUUGCCAACGGCAACGGUGGUUCCAACUGCGGAACUGUCUACUCCCCUGGGGAUUUCAAGAAUGUCAUUGGGGUUGGUGCUGUCGGCUUCGACGACAAGCUGGCCAGCUUCAGCAGUCGGGGACCUACCAACGACGGCCGCUCCAAGCCCGAUGUGUCAGCGCCUGGUAACAGGGUUCGUUCGGCGUGGCAUACUAGCAAUUCGGCCUAUAACACCAUCUCCGGCACGUCCACGGCGUCUCCUCAUGUCACUGGUGCCAUUGCCCUCUACUUGAAUGCGAACAAGGCGUUCACGACCACCGUGGACACUGACACGUUGACUCCAAGCAACCAGAACUGUGGGAGGGGGUCAAAUUCCAAGUACCCCAACAACUACUACGGGUUUGGACGCAUCAACGUCGCUAGCGCAAUUGGUGGUGGGGUCGAGCCUCCUUCUUUCACCUCUGUCCCAUCUCCUUCGAAGCCCAGCACGUCAGCUCCGUCGACCUCGGACCCCGCCACCACUACCCGCCGUCCAUUCCCUUCUUUCCCUGUGACGUCGUCCCCAUCGCCGUCAAAGCCUAGCACGUCAGCUCCGUCGACCUCGGACCCCUCCACCACUACCCACCGUCCGUUCCCUACUUCUCCUGUGACGUCUUCUCCACCGUCCACCUGCAAUGGCUGCACUGGUUGCUAUUCUCCUCUGAUCAACUUAUGUUUUCCUCCGGAGUUCGGUCAAGCUGAAUGUGCCAAGUUGACGAACUUCCAAGAGACCUGGUGCGGCAAACAGUAA